GAAGCAUCAAUAAGAAAUGGAUAAUAGCAAUUCAGCUGCAACGACCGGUGUCUGGAAUGAUUUUCGGUCAAUUGAUAUAAUAAUAACAAUACUUAUGAGCCUCAAUGUUGUGGACCUUGCAGUUGCCUCGCUGGUCUGCAAAAUGUGGAACAAAGCUUGUCGUGACCCGUCUCUUUGGCGCAAAAUUGAUCUGUCCGAACUCAAUAACUCAUACCUUUUCAACAUACAAAAUAAUAAGCCGGGAGCUUACAAGCAUUCGAGGGGGAAAAUUACUCAAUUCUUAAAGUAUGUUUUGAGUCUGAGUAAUGGAAAUACAAAUUGCUUAAUAUUUAACUACAAUGUUGACUUAACGGAUGAGCAGUUCAUCAUAGCUGCUGAAAGGACCCCAAAUCUGAAACGACUAGUUCUACCAAAUACAUGUGUCUUUUCAAGAAAAGCAGUGCAUACGGCAAUGAAGUCAUGGGGGGGCCUAGAGUCCAUUACCAUUUCCUUCGAUGACCCCAAUAAAUACAUAUUUUCUGCAAUUGCCGAAUACUGCAAGAACAUAACAGAGAUGAAAUUUAGUCACGGUUGCCUCCUCUUUGAAGAAAAUUAUGUUGAAGCGCUGCUUAAAUGUGCCCCUAACUUGAAGGCUUUGAGCAUUCGGUGCAUAAUGACAAGCAUGGGUGCUUUGUGCGGUGUGUUCACUUCCUUCCAACAUUUGGAGGCGGUGAAUAUAUGCCAUAGCUCCAUUAUAGAUGCACCAUAUUCUGAUUUCGGUGUUGUGGAUAUUACUUAUGUACAAAAGCAUUUGCCGCCAUCGAAUUACGGAAAGCUUAUAUAUUGUAAAGAAGGAUCAUGCCUUAGGUGCAAGAAUGACAGGAGCAUUAUUCCUGCCGGAAUUUUCCAAAUUACAAGCUUUCUUAUCCAUGCCUCAGAGGAUUUGUGGCGGGAGGACGAGAUAACUUCUCUUGCACAUUAAUCUAUCUGAAUAUGUUUUGUUUGUGCUGCAUCAAACCUUGUUAAUUAUUUGGGUCUCACUCAUUUUGUGCUUCAAGUAAUUAACUUUCAUAGACAUUUAAUUACCUUUUGUUGAUUCCUGUCUAAACAUGUUUUCUUGUGCUGUUAGCCUAUCCAUUUACUUGGAUAAAACUUUGAUUGUUAAGUGUUGAUUUGCUAUAAGGAUGUAUAAGCUAGUACUUUUGCUGGGAAAAUACUUCAAUGCAAUGGUUAUGCUGGAAAUACAUAUAUAU